GAUGAUGAUGAUGAUGAUGAUGCGGCUGAUGAUGCUGAUGAUGCUGAUGCUGCGGCUGCUGAUGAUGAUGAUUCGGAUGAUGAUGGUGAUGACGAUGAUGAUGAUGAUGACUCGGAUGAUGAUGAUGCUGACGAUGAUGAUGAUGAUGAUGGUGAUGAUUUCGAUGAUGGUGAACACUACGAAGAUGAUCACCAAGAAGAUGUUGAUGGAGAUGUUACUGAUUCGGCUGUUGAUCAUGCUGAUCAUGAUCAUGAUCAUGAAGAAUCGGAUGAUGAUGAUGAUCAUGAUUAUGAUGAGGCUGAUGAUUCGGAUAAUGACCAUGAUGAGGAUGAUGAUGAUGAUGAUGAUGAUGAUGAUGAUGAUGAUACGUAUGAUGAAUACGAUGAUCAUGAUGAUGAUUCGGAUGAAGAUGACGAUGACGUUGCGGAUGAUGAUGAUGCUUCGGAUGAGGAAGAUGAUGAUGAUGAUGGUGUCUAUUAUGAAUGUGAUGAUGAUGACGAUUCGGGGGAUGAUGAUGAUUCCGAUGAUGAAGAUGAUCAUGAUGAUGACUAUGAUGGUGACGGUGAUGAUUCGGAUGAGGAUGAUGAUGAUGAUGAUGACGAUGAUGAUGAUGAGGAUUGGGAAGAUAAUUCGGAUGAUGGCGAUGAUGGUGAUGUUGAUGAUGAUGACGAGGAUUAUGAUGAUU